AUGGAAAUUUCCCAAAAGUUGAGGAAAAUACUGGACUAUUUAAGAUGGUUUCAGAACAAGCUGCAAAUGAAAGUGAACAAACAAGCAGCAAAAUUGAACAACUGAAUAAUAAUAGAAAAAACGAACAGAUAACAGAUAUCAUUGAACCUUCAACAACUGAAGAUGGGGAUAUCCUUGAACAUGAUGAAGCUCUACAGAUAUAUGUAAAAGAACCUAAUAUACAUGUAGAUGGGACACAUUACAGCCAUGCACCUGGCCCUGCGUUCAAUUUAACACCAGAUGUGAUACCGAUCAUCCACAAUAUGACAAUUGUGGUGCUAAUGACAAUGGAAGAAAACAACAUCACCCUUCAAUAUGAAGUCAAUGGACACUUAAUGGGGACAAUCCUAAAUUGUUUGAAAACGUCAAACAAUACAGUGCAUAUCAAAGAUUUACACUGUCAUGUGCCUUGCAAUAACGAGACCCAUUUCUUGUGUUAUGGCAUGGUUAAAAAUGCUGAUUUUGUGACAACUUUCAUGGAAAGGUGCAAAUUGCCAGGGGAUUUCAUCAAAAAGAAGGGUGAGAAAUAUAAGAGUAUUUUGCUGGCUCUCAUGGGUAUGGUCACAAUGAUCUCAAAUGGUUUUGUCAUAUUUGCGAUCUUCACUAGUAAACAAAGAGCUAGCAUCCCUGGAUUUCCUUUCGUAUUAGUGCUAGCUCUGAAUGAUUUCCUAGUCGGGUUUUCUUGCUUAUCGAGAUCAAUAUUUCUCCAGUAUUACAUCCAGUAUCAACAAUGUCUCGUGUUUCAGCUGUUCUGUAUAAGUCCAAUCUGUGGUUCAUUAGUCUGUAUGAAGUGGAUCGCAAUCGACCGUUACAUCGCUAUCUUUUCUCCACUAAAAUACUACAAAAUAAUGAGUCGUCAUAAUAUCGCAUUUGCGAUUGCCCAUAUAUGGCUACAUGCGGUGUCUAUAGGAGUGGCGCCAUUGCUUGGUUGGAAUAUGGGUAGAUUUUUCCAAGAUCGUCAAUAUUGUACGCUGAUGUACAUUGUUGGCCCUGGCUAUCUUCUAUUUCUCUUUUUUCUUGGACUUUGUUUCCCAAUGGCGAUCAUAAGUGUUGUCUAUUUCAAAAUUUUCCGCAGAACAAGGUCACACAUUAAGAUAAUCGAUGCCCAGGAAUCCAGUGUCCGAAGAAUGAGUGAUGAUACCACUGAGGACACCUAUCUGUCAUCAAUGGAAUCACUAAAGCAGAAGGAACAAAAACCAGUCUGCAUUCCGAAGGUUUCUUUCCGGAAUAUGAAAGCAGUGAAAACAUUGGCCAUUGUGAUUGGUUGUUUCUUGAUCACAUGGGGUCCUUUCACCAUAGCGACACUUAUAACAAUCAUGUGUAAAACAGGGUGUCAUUUGCGGACAAUUAUUAGUUCUCAUUUGCUUAUGUUGGGCCUUUCAAAUUCAUUCCUAAAUUGUUUCAUAUAUGCAUACGGGAAUAGAAACUUCAGAAGAGUUUUGAAAGAUGCCUUUAUGCUCUGUAUAUGUCAAAAAUCAAACAAGAUACAACACCUUGACACCAUAUCAUAGAAAACACACUGACAUCAUAACAAAUACCUUGACAUCGAAUCAAAGUAAAUAAGCUGACAUCCUAUUAACACACACCUUAAGUUAAUACACACUGACAUCAUUAGUGGUGGGACUCGCCACCAAAAUCUCUACUCGAGUAGAAUAAUAAAUUUGACGAUCGAGUAGACGAUUUUGGCUAUUAUUUUUUUUAAAAAUUGAGAAAAUUAGAACCU